CUAUACCUUACAGAAGGUAAUCGUCAUCGUGAUGGACUGCCGAGAACCUAGGAUCACUUUGCGCGACCUCUCCUCUGGUAGUAUCGUCGCAAGAGAAGGCCGAGCGCCCUAUCACCAAAAACACCUCGAGCGUCGUUUUCCUCAAGAUCAACCAACGGAAUUGUCGGAUUCCGGAUCCAACUCAACUCCGGAAAGCACGCCUGCGCAUUGCCCAUAUUGUCUAGAUCUGGACUGGAAGAACGGGGAAAUAUUCGGUGGCCACCACUCGGACUAUCUCACGAAUUCAACGAGAUACAUCAGCUGCACGGUGCCCGACGUACGAGCAGCUGCAGACAGAGGAUGCCCAGGAUGUAAAUUGGUUUACGAUGGACUCGCCGCGUGGGAUCCACUGCUCGUAGAUGACGACAAAUCAAUAUGGGGAGUCCGUUCCCCGGACUAGCCGACUAGAACCAUGAGAAUCGGAGUAUCAGGUCCAACCUUUUAUGAUUUCUUCGUCGAACAUGGUCAUCCAUCGCCUUGGCCAGCAAUCGGAGAAGGUGACUGCGUGCCACUAUCCAGAACGUCAGCAGAGAGCCUCGAACAUACUCGAAAUUGGAUCAAUCAAUGUUUGUCACAGCACGAGAAGUGCAGGUUGGAUGAGCCAUCCUUUCUUCCUACCAGAGUACUGGAUCUCGGGGCCCCACAAUCAAGUUUAGAUGCGCCUAUCAAGCUAAUUGAGCCAGAGAGUGGUACAGAGGAUCCCUAUGUUUGUUUAAGCCAUUGUUGGGGGCAUAACGGCCAGACACUCACGACCACAACUGAUAAUAUUUUGGAUCGCAAAACCAGCAUUCCUCUGGACAGUCUCCCACCGCUCUUCAAAGACGUAGUGCAGAUUACCAGACGACUAGGGUAUCAGUACCUCUGGAUUGAUAGUCUAUGCAUUCUCCAGAAUAGCGAAAAAGAUUGGGAGUGGGAGGCUUGUAGAAUGGCCACGGUGUACUCUAACGCGAUCUUCACGAUUGCGGCUCUGUCUGCUAGUUGUAGUCAAGAGUGCCUCUCUUACCAUGAUGAGAAUGAACGACGAAAGUUGGGUUUGGAUUCUUUGGAGCGUUUUGGUUACCAAGAGUCAUCCAUUACUGUUGCUGGUGCAGAUAGCAACUCUAGCAAGGUUUACGUCCGAGCAGAAAUACCACAUGUCAGUGGACCUGUGUAUAACCAUCAAGCGGAAAAUUGGCCUCUCCUAACCCGCGGGUGGGCUUAUCAAGAACGUCGUCUAUCCGGUCGAAUACUAAAGUUUUCCAAAAGAGAACUUCUCUGGGAGUGUAGCGAGCACAAGAUCUGCCAAUGCACCGAUUCCCAACCGCCAAGCCUUUACAAGCUAUGGUACAACAAAGCCAUGAAAAUCAAAGGUAGUUGGCAUGAUUCAAUCGGAAUCCAAUGGCGGCAAAUGGUCAUCGAAUACACCGCCCUUGAGCUCACACAGAACUCUGAUCGCCUUCCCGCCUUCCGUGGAAUAGCACGGCAAAUGAGCCGCUUCUUUCCGUGCGGGUAUCUUGAUGGAAUUUGGGAAGGACCCACUCUGAUUCCAGAUCUAAUGUGGAUGCGGUCUUACAAUUUUGAACCUGGUCCUCCAAGACCGACGCACCGAUUUCAUUGGCCUUCAUGGUCCUGGGCUUCAGUCGAUGGCCCAAUCGACUACUAUUCAUUUCGGGACGAUCCUGACUUCGUACAACCCAUGAUAGAUAUUAUUGACUGCUGUUCAGCAUAUAAUCCCAUUGACGAGCGGUAUCCCCUCUGUGGAUGGAUUCGCGUAGCGGCGCACAUGGAAGCACGAACGUGGCGCGUCCAGAUCGGAACCGGAGAAUUUUGGAAAGAUGCUAGACGAGGUGGACACUAUCUAUUCCCUCGACGACAACCCUUUGGAGCCAGGGCCGAAGACGAUGUCGAAUUAAAUAACAGCAUGGUCCAUCACGACUAUGACUGGAGCGCUGAGAGUAUUGAUCAGAUUUCCGAGUCUACAGUACUGCAUCUGGCGAAAAUAGCUAUAGUGUUCCAUGAUCUUCGCGAAGAAGAGCGGGAAUGUGCAUUGCUGUUGCGUAAGAAACCGGGCAGGGAAGAUACGUAUCAACGUGUUGGACUGGUUCAUGUCGGUAUCCGUCCCUGGAGAGGUGCCCAACCUCCACGCCUCAAAUGGGAAGAACAGAAGACCGAAAUAACUAUACUAUAGCGUUCGCUAAGCUCCAAACCAUCGCUAUACGUCCCCCCAACGUUAUAUCGCUGUCUGUAUGCCAUCUACAGUACCAAGACAUUGUACCUUUUGACUGCUUGGAGACAUUUUACUCAGAGCACCCAGUGGUGCCGAGAGAUCAAUAGCGAAGCUGGAGCAGUCGUAUUAUCGUAUAUCCGUGUGCCCAAACUUAUAACUCAGUCGUAUACAGACAAACGUAAUGGACCACAUCGAACUAGUCUCAAGACUUCUCUGAAACUUUGGACUAAUGGCGUCAGAGCAAUGCCCUACGCCCAACGAACCGUUUUCUACUAGUUUGAAACGCUGGGACUGCAUACCAUAUAGACCGAUGAUUACAUGCGUUCAC